AUGUUCGUCACGGUGAGAUACGGAGCCAACUGCCAGGAGCUGGUGAACCUGCAGUGCCGCGUCCUGAUCCUCACCGCCCACCUGAAGAGGAAGUGUCAGUGCAGGACAGAAGACUGCAUCGAUCUUGUGGAUGAAGCAGGGGCCUUGAUGAACCUAAGCAAAGUGGAAAAUCCUGCAUCUGAGUUUGCCAGUAAAUACCUACGGGAAAGGCAACGCUACAUCCUCGUCAGAGCCAUCAGAGAACAAAGCACUGAAGCUACCUGCUACGAAUCCUUACUGGAGAACCUGGGGAAACACCACCCUGACCUCGCAGAUCGGCUGCAGAAGCUCUCAGCAAACACCCCAAUGAGAGAGCAGUGGAGGAAAGGCUCCUUGCAGAGGAGGGCUCAGCCCAAGAAGAGCUCAGAGCCAAAGAGCACCCCUAGAUGA